AUGAAUGAGAAGGAAAGAUUGCUAAUUUUGUGGCUGGCAGACCAGCAUCAGCGGCAUAUACCAGUAAGUCUAAUGUUGAUUCAGGAGAAGGCUAAACGAUUGUUUCAGGCAAUUAAAAGUAAAAAGGGGGAAGGGAGUGAAAGUGAAGAGUUUGUGGCUAGCCGGGGUUGGUUCAUGCAUUUCAAAGCUUGUGCCAACUUGCAUAACGUUAAGGUACAGGGUGAAGCUGCUAGUGGGGAUGAAAAAGCAGCAAGCACAUUUCCUAAUAAGUUGACUGAAUUAAUUAAAGAGGAAGGUUGCUGUGCUGAACAAGUGUUUAAUGUUGAUGAGACAGGCCUUUUUUGGAAGCGUAUGCCUUACAGGACCUAUAUCGCCAGGGAGGAGAAGACAGCACUAGGCCAUAAAGCUGGCAAGGAGAGACUGACUUUGCUUUUUGGAGGGAAUGCUGCAGGUGACUUCAAACUCAAGCCUCUGUUGGUGUACCAGGCAGAGAAUCCAAGGGCACUAAAGGGCAUUUGGAAGGGUCAACUGCCUGUUGUCUGGAGGUCUAACAAGAAGGCAUGGGUGACACUUCAGAUUUUUGAGGAGUGGUUUUCCAGUCAUUUUGUGCCAGCAGUGAAGGACUACUGUGUUAGCAAGGGACUACCGUUUAAGGUGUUGCUAGUGCUGGACCAUGCCCCAGGUCACCCCGCCCACUUGAGUGACUUUAACCAUAAUGUCAAGGUGGUUUACCUUCCACCUAAUACCACUGCACUUUUACAGCCCAUGGACCAAGAUGUCAUUGCCUCUUUCAAGGCCUACUAUCUCUGGAGGACAUUUGCUAUGGCCUUUAAUGCAACUGAGAAGAACGAGAACCUGACACUCAAAGACUUUUGGAAUUCUUAUAACAUUUACAAUGCUGUACAAAACAUUGCUUUUGCCUGGGAUGAAGAGAAGCGAACAAACUUAAAUGGUGUGUGGAAAAAACUGUGCCCCCAGUUUGUGUAUGACUUCCAUGGCUUUGAGGAGUCAGUGGAGGCUGUAACAGAGAAGGUUGUUGCCUUGGGUAAACAGCUUAAUUUGGAUGUGGAGCCUAAGAAUGUCACAGAGCUACUGGCAUCACAUGGAGAGGAGCUGUCUGCUGAGGACCUCAUUCAGCUAGAGAAGCAACUGAUUGAAGAGGAAGAGAUAGAAACCCCAGAGAUUUACCAUCAAGGGUUUGGCAGGUUUUUCUAUGAUAGAGGAUGGGUUGGCAAAAUUUCAGGCUGA